GUUUUCGCUUUGUUGGUCAGGGGGACUGCGCUCUAUUUCUCUACGACAACUACUACUACUACCACCGCCACCACUAUCAUCAUUAUAAGCAGCAGUAGCAGUAGUAGUAAGACAGCUACUAUAAAGCUCCGUCAUCACUACUGCUUCGUGUUCGACAACUACCACUACCACCACAACCACCACCACCACAAUUACUACUAGCGCCGCCAUCACAACACUAAGCGUUGGUUGGAUCUGCUCUUAGCUUUUUGUGGAAGCUGCCUACGACAACCACUGUCAUACACACACAGUCAGAUAGUCACGCGCACACACACACGGUCGCACGCACGCACACGCGCACGCACUCACACACACGCAAUUUUCACUUUCCUAAGCCAGCCAGUGAAGCUUUCACAUCGGUAGUCAACUAAUUCUGCUUCGUUUUUCCCUUCUCUCCUCUUUAACUACUGCUGCUGUUGUAUACAGACACAUAUCCACACACACACACACACACAUAUAUAUAUAUAUAUAUACACACACGUACACUUAUACACACCUAUUCAUACAUAUAUAUAUAUUUACACAUUUAUAUUAUAUAGUACUGUGUAUCUGUCUAUUCGUCAUUCGCUCUCUCAUUUUUCAUACACACACACACACCUGACGACUGUUUAGCGAACAGAUAUUCACACAACACAUAUAUAUAAUAAUAUAAUAUAUAACAGUUUUUUUUUUCAAAACCGGCAAAUAUCUGCAAAUAGCAGAAAAAAAAUAAUAUAUUUUCCUUAUAUUCCUCAAAGUCGGAGAUUUUGUCUUUAAAACAGGAGUGCUAUUACUGAAAAAUAUAAAAAGACAAACUUUUUCUCUGGAUGCCCUUCUAACGAGAGAUAAGACCUGGGCAUCAAAAGCUUCCCCAUCACAAGAUAACAGUUUCUAAAACUAAAACUUUCUCGAAAGAUUUUUUGGAUAUCUAUCAACCAAAUCAACUGAAUCAUGGGUGUUUUAGCUGGUCUUGUACGAUGCCUGUUCAUCCUCUUUAAUUUCAUCUUCUGGUUGUCUGGAGUGGCCAUCCUCGGGGUCGGAGUAUGGAUGGUUGUUGACCCCAACAUCGUAAACCGGUUUGAGAUAACGGUGGAAACGGAAGACCCGUACUUCAGGACAUCAUCCUACAUCUUAAUAGCGUUUGGUGUAUUUGUUUUCCUCGUUGGGUUCUGUGGAUGCUGUGGAGCAAUCCGAAAGAGCAAGUGUCUUCUCGGAUUUUAUUUCUUCUUCUUGCUGUGCAUCAUGGCCGGAGAACUGGCUGCAGGGAUCUUGGCUGCCCUUUAUAAGAAGGAGAUUCUUGGUGAAAACCUGGCAAGUAACCUGCAGAAGUUUGUCAAGACAAAAUACGGCACCCCCACCCACCAAGUCACUUCAACAACUUGGGAUAUCAUUCAGAUGGAGGGUAAGUGCUGUGGAGCCUUAGGGGCAAGGGACUACAUCAACAGCACAUGGUACGAAAGCUUCAACAGGACCAUGAAACUGCCCAGGUCUUGCUGUAAGAUGUCAAACAACAACCCUCUGGACCCGGAGUAUGUUGAGGAGAAUGAAUGCAUUAGCAUGAUCUCAGAAUUCAACACUAAGGGAUGUCGAGAUGAAAUGGCAAGCUGGAUCAGCAAGCACUUGGAUAUUCUGAUAGGUGUUGGCUGUGGUAUUGCAGUGUUGGAGAUGUUUGGCUUGAUCGUAUCCAUCUUCCUGUGCCGAGAAACGAACAGAGAGACUGCUUCCUGUUGAUCUGCUAUUGAUGUUGUUGUUGUUGUUGUUGCUGUUGUUGUUGUUGGUGAUAUGUGGCCAUUUUGCCUGUACUGUCGUGUUGAUUCUGCCCCCACCACUACCACUUCCAACCCAAACCUUUCUCUCGUUCCCUUCUUCCUUACCAUCUUCCACAAUUUAAAAAAAAAUACAAAA